UGUUAACAAGCGCGCACGCGCGGAUGCCCACGCAGGCGCACGCGCCGUGGCGCCCCCAGGCGUAACCCCAGCAGCCAGUACUGCCCAGGGCGCGCAGCUCGCCCGCUAGAGUUUGUGGUGCGCGCCCUCGUGAUCAGGGCACCGGAGUUUGAAGGGGCUGCGGCGUGGGAAGCCUUUAAUUUUUUUUGUAAACUGCGUAUACUCAGAUUGAGGAAGCAGUUUACCACACAGGUUCAACACGUUUCACGCUGGUCACAAGCUAGCAAGGUGUGAAAACUUAAGCUUAAGUUGAUAUUCAAGCUCAUCUUGCAAGAUAAUAGGAGAGCUGAUAAGUUCAGUGCUCUUUCUGUCAUCCCAUGCUGCCAUAAAUUUAAAUAAUGUGGUGGAGUCACCACUAAACCAAAAAUGAAAGGAGUCACCGAAGACUCUAAAGAGGUUUAUGCAUGCCAAUGUAUCCAAGUAAAAGAAGGGAAAGGCAUGAAUCUUCAAGUAAGAAGUACUGGGUAAUUAGAGACAGAGUCUCGUGGAAAUAAUUAAGUGUUCCAUUGAGGGCUAGAGACACUCCACAACAAGAGUACAUAUGUGGAAGAAUCCGCUAUCGGCUGUGCGCACAACCAGAAUCGUGUCGAGUUUGGCAGUGAGAGACCCGGCAAUGGAUCGAUCACUGCGUUCAGUGUUCUUGGGGAACAUUCCGUAUGAGGCAACUGAGGAGCAGUUAAAGGACAUUUUCUUGGAGGUUGGUUCUGUUGUCAGUUUCAGGCUAGUAUACGAUAGAGAGACGGGAAAACCCGAGGGCUAUGGCUUCUGCGAAUACCAAGACCAGGAGACCGCGCUUAGUGCCAUGUGGAACCUCAAUGGGCGGGAGUUCAGUGGGAGAGUGCUUCGGGUGGACAAUGCUGCCAGUGAAAAGAAUAAGGAGGAGUUAAAGAGCCUCGGUCCUGCAGCGCCCAUUAUUGACUCACCCUAUGGGGAUCCCAUCGAUCCAGAAGAUGCCCCUGAAUCGAUUACCAGAGCAGUAGCCAGUCUCCCCCCAGAGCAAAUGUUUGAGCUCAUGAAGCAGAUGAAGCUCUGUGUCCAAAAUAGCUACCAGGAGGCUCUAAACAUGUUACUUCAAAAUCCGCAACUGGCUUAUGCCCUGUGGCAGGCACAAGUAGUGAUGAGAAUCAUGGAUCCAGAGAUUGCUCUGAAAAUUCUGCAUCGGAAGAUACAUGUCACACCAUUGAUCCUGGGCAAAUCUCAGUCUGUGUCUGUCUCUGUCUCUGGCCCUGGUCCUGGCCCUGGCCCUGGGCUCUGCCCAGGUCCUAAUGUUCUGCUAAACCAGCAGAAUCCUCCAGCCGCACAGCCUCAGCAUUUGGCUAGAAGACCUGUGAAGGACAUUCCUCCUCUAAUGCAGACUCCUAUCCAGGGUGGAAUUCCAGCUCCAGGGCCCAUACCAGCUGCAGUUCCUGGACCUGGUCCUGGUUCCUUAACUCCUGGAGGAGCAAUGCAGCCCCAAGUUGGAAUGCCAGGGGUUGGCUUAGUGCCUUUAGAGCGAGGACAAGUACAGAUGUCAAAUCCUCGUGGACCCAUGACUCCUGCUGGCCUUCCUCCUCGAGGACUGUUAGGAGAUGCUCCAAAUGACCCACGGGGAGGGACUUUGCUUUCAGUCACGGGAGAAGUGGAGCCCAGAAGUUAUCUGGGCCCACCCCAUCAGGGUCCCCCCAUGCAUCAUGUUUCUGGUCAUGACACACUUCGCCCUUCCUCACAUGAGAUGAGGGGAGCGCCAUUAGGAGAUCCCAGACUGCUAAUUGGAGAGCCCAGAGGCCCCAUGAUAGAUCAAAGGGGUCUACCCAUGGAUGGCAGAGGUAAUAGAGACUCUCGAGCGAUGGAGACUCACGCCAUGGAAACUGAGGUCUUAGAGACACAUGUGAUGGAGAGGAGAGGAAUGGAGACCUGUGUGAUGGAAACCAGAGGGAUGGAAGCAAGAGGCAUGGAUGCAAGAGGACUGGAGAUGAGGGGCCUUGUCCCCAGUUCAAGAGGCCCUAUUAUUGGUGGAAUUCAGGGUCCUGGUCCCAUUAAUAUAGGGGCAGGUGGCCCUCAGGGAUCCAGACAGGUCCCAGGCAUUUCAGGGGUGGCAAAUCCUGGAGCUGGUAUGCAGGGUACAGGCAUACAAGGAGCAGUCAGGCAGGGAGCAGGCACACAAGGAGGAAGGAUGCAGGGGGCAGGCAUACAAGGAGUGGGAAUACAAGGAGCAGGCAUACAAGGCAAGCAAGGUGAAAGCCAGCCUAGCAGUUUUAGUCCUGGGCAGAGCCAGGUCACUCUACAGGCAGAAAAGGCAACUUUGAUCAUGCAGGUUCUUCAACUGACUGCAGAUCAGAUUGCCAUGCUGCCCCCUGAGCAAAGGCAGAGUAUCUUGAUUUUAAAGGAGCAAAUCCAGAAAUCUACUGGAGCUUCUUGAAAGGUUUUAGAAAAUUCUUAGCUGUAGUCUGAAAAUGUAUUCUGUAGCAUUGAGAAUGGUUGCAAAAAGCUGACUUCUGCAUCCUGACACCUGGAUUAGGCUUUCCCUCCUCCUAGAACCUAAUCUUUUGUUGUUGUUAUUGUUGUUGUUCUUUUUAUUUCUAUUUUUCUAUUUUUAAUUGAGGGUGGGGGAAGGAAGGGGGGUUCUGUUCACUUUGAGUUACUGUAAAAUAACUGAACAUAAUGAUACUAUGCCAAAUAAGAUUAGAAAGAAUAAGCAGCAAUAUUAAAAUGUCUACAAUAUGUUAACUACAUUUGUUAAUGUGGAGUAAAAUCUUUUGAAAAAUGCUCUUAAAGACUAGAAGUUGACCUGUUAAGACGUUAAUGUACUAAGAUAGUUUUAAGAUAUUUGGUUGUAUAACAAAAUAUAAAGACGUUUACCAAAAAAAAAAAAAGAAAAAAGAGUACAUAUGUUUGGACAGACGUAGUGGCUUAAGCCUGUAAUCUGAGCACUUUGGGAGGCUAAUGGAGGGCAGAUCACAAGGUCAGAAGUUCGAGACCAGCCUGACCAACAUGAUGAAACCUCGUCUCUACUAAAACAAAAAGAAAAAAAUACAAAAAUUAUCUGGGCAUGGUGGUGCGAGCCUGUAAUCCCAGCUACUCAGGAGGCUGAGGCAGGAGAAUUGCUUUACCCCAGGAGGUGGAGGUUGCAGUGAGCCAAGAUCGCACUGUGCUGCACUCCAGCCUGGGCUACAAGAGUGAAACUCUGUCUUGGAAAAAAAAACAAAGAGAGAGUACACAUGUUUACUUUUAGGAGGUACUUUGCUAAGUGGUCCAGGAAGAUUUCCAAGUAUACAGAUCAAACGGUGAUGUCAGGAUAUUUAGCAUUCAGAGAGAAAGAAAAGGAUGUUAAUAUUGAGAUACUUCUGGCCUAGAUUUCCUGCCUGCCAGUGGUGACUAUCACUAUCAAAUAUAGACAUUGCAGCAUCAAUCUGUGCUUUCUCUUUUGCCCAUUUGGUGCUCCAAUGAACACCUGAUUCCUUUAAGUAUGAAUUUUCAGUAUUUAAACUACUUUAUCUGUCAGAAAGCCAAAUAUAUUUUAUGUUUUACCAACUCAUACUGGGGUCAGAUUAUUAACUAAAUCAGAUAAAAUUAUUAAAACAUAUAUUUUUCCUAUGGAAGAGUUGGUGUUUUUUUAAUGUAAAUGUUGAAAAGAUAGGAAUUGGGUUCCAUAUUCUUCUGGUAAGUCACUGCAUAUUCUUGGAAAAAUCACUAAAUUUCUCUGGGCUUCAGAAUUUUUAUUUCAGAAUAGUGGAGAGUAUGCCAUUUCUUGGCCACUUGCAUAUUAUUAGAAUGACCUAGGAAAUCUUAUCUAAAAAUGUUGUUUAAAGACUGGGUAGGUUAAAGUUUUGAACAUUACAAUAAUAAAAAGUGUAUCUAGUUUAUUUUAAAAUUCAUUUUGAGAAUAUUGGAGUUGACACUGAUGUUAGGGAUCUUGUUGUAGUCUCUGCCUCUUCCAAUUAAAGAUGAGGAAACUCAUGACUUGCCUUCUAUAUGUAGCAGAAGCAAAACUAGAACCCAGGUCUCCUGAUAGAGCCAUACACAACCUCAGAAAGGGCGCUGCUUAAAAUUCUGCCUCAGAAAGGGCAUUGCUUAAAAUAUUUGAUUUGGGCUUUAAAAAUGUCAUGGUGAAAUCUGGAAGCAAGCCAGUUGCUUUAUGCUUUUUAUUCUUUUUGGUUUGAAUUAUUAGCUCUAAUUCUGCACAGGUCACCGUGCAGAGGGGGCUAUUGGAAGACAGCAAGAUUCAUGGGUUUUAGAACUUAUGCUGCAAUAAAGUAAUGUAAGAAGAGGACGGGCUUUGGGGGCACAUGAUGACAAAUGUAAUACAUCACAACACAAACUUCUCUCAGCUCCAGCAGCAAUAUGUGAGAUGACCAAAGCCUGUAAAAUUAAACAUAACAGGAAAAAUGUCUGACAGGAAGUUCCUCCAGAGUGAUCCAGCUCUCACCAACUCCCAAUUUACUUGCAAUAUUAACCCUCAGUGAAUAAGAAAGGAAGAAACCAUAAUAUAUUAUUGUUGGUAAAACAACAAUAAGGGCAUCCUUCAUGUAAACUGGACAAUAAAGCAAUUUGCAUAUUUGGUAGCAAGUUUAAAAGCUCUUCUAAGACAAAUAUAUAUAUUUGCAUUCUCUACUUCGCACUCCUAUAGAAUCUCAGUUUAUCAUAGCAUAAUCACAAUGCCUUGUAAAUUGCUAGUUUACUUGUCUGUCUCCAGCAGAAGGCUUUAAGUUCAGUGGCCCCUAAUUUCAUCUGGUGCCUGCUAAAUAUUUGCUGAAGUAAUGAAUGAAUGAAUGACAGACACAUCCUUCUCUUAGUCUGUAGUUUAAUUAUAGCCCAAAAGAUAAGAUUAAGAUAGAAAAUACUGACAUGAUGAUGUAUAAAAUGAAUUAUCUGCUUCAAUUAAUUAAUAAAAUAACUAGUAUUUUUGAGCAUCUGAUAAACUAAUGUUAAGCAAUUUUUAUGUUACUUUUUCUGGUAGCAUGUUUUGAAGGCUCCCACUCCAUAACUCCUUUUUCCAAGAUUUAUAAGUGCUUUUAAUACUACAGAGCAGAUAGAAGCUGCUCUAUAAUCCUAACAGGGGAUUGACAUCUUUUAAAUCUCAGACCCUGAAUUAUGGCCUCAAAUGAAAUUUCAUCAAGGUGGGUUUGGUUAAUCUCAGAAACUACAGUGAUUACACACUAUGAAGGCCUUGUUGAGUGAUGACAGAAAGACUGAAAUUAUGGGGGAAAAAAAUGAAGGACGACUAGUUUGCCAAAGCAAAUCGUCAUGGGCUCUGGUACAUCAGAAAGGUGAAGUUGAGGGAGGGUGCUGGGGAGUAUGGUAGGGGCAAGGUCUUUGAUCUAUAGAACCCAGGCUAUGAUCCCAAAGAAAUAAAAUUAAACACCCAAAACUUAAUUUUCAUGACAGUGUGUAACCCUCUGUAAUAGCUAAUCAUUCAAAGAAUGAAGUCCUUUGAAGUAUUAAAACCAGGGCAAUCCUUUCCACCCUCCUACCCCAUCUAAGGAAUAGGCCAAUAAACUAAAAUCAAUGGUUUGGAGCUCUCUUUCAUUCUGAAACAAUACAGCAUCUUUACAGUAAUUUGAAUAGGAAUUAAACACUAAGAUAGUAGCAGAAAAGAUAGGUUGUAUCCUAUCAACUCUGUAUUAUUUUCAGCAUUGCACAGACUCUUUUAUAUCAUGCUGUGAUACAACUUAACAAGUUUUUCAAUUUUAUUUUAUAUUUACUGCCCGCCCCCUUUGGAUUACAUAAAUACCAAAAUGAAUACAUAUUUUCUAGCCCUACUCUUGUUUUUUUCCCCUUUAAUACUGCAGCUAAUGAGGCAAAAGACAAUCCCACUGAUCCAAACACAGCAAUUUGGCAACUUUUAUUUCCCUAGUUCAGCCGAUUUUGUUAUUCUCAUACAUUUUUAUAAUUGCAAUUUUUCAAGUACCAAGUUAAUAUAGGUAGAAAAAAAGCUAGUUUGAAUCUGAACCUGGUGCUAGAGGUCACAGGAAGAUUAUGUAAUGGGAAUGAGAACCUAUGCAAAGUAUUUAAUAGCAGAGCAUUUCUAGUAGAGUUCAAGAACAUAAAAGUGAAACUACAAGCCCAAAACAUUUGCAAUUACUGACAAAACUGUGCCUUGACAGAUAAUGCCAGGGAAUAGCUCAAGCAGAGGAGAGAGUUGCUAAAAUGGCAAUGAACAGUGUACAUCUUGAUUCUGUAACAACUGAUUUCUUGUGUUUUAAUUUCUUGCCGUAAUGCUUUUCCUUGAAAACUUGCAGAAUAGGUAGUUAAGACAAAGAAAAAAAUUUCAAUGCUUGUGCAAUGGAUAUUACAGAGAUUAUCAGUUCUUUUCCAAGCAAACUCUAAAAAUCUUAGUUCAGAAGCUUAAAUGUGGACCGAGGGACUGUGUCCUGUUUCUCCCUGCUGGGUUCAUUUAGGCUAAAUCCCAGGCUGUCCUGUGUUUUAGUUGGAGACUCUCACAGUGGGGGUGAUUGGACUUUCUCUGCCCUAGGCACAACAUAUGCUACUUCCCAUCCCUUUUAUAGGCAUUAGUUCUGCAGACAGCACUGGUCAAAUGUACAUUAUUCACAAUCCCUUUAAUGCAAAUAUGCAAGGCUGAGGGAGAAAAUAUGUCACAAAGAGGCAGUCAUCCAUUUCUCUUCUGAUUUCUUUCUUCAUAGGCUCCCUUUUAUAUGUUUGAUUUUACAGUAAACACAGGAUAAAAAUCAAGAAAUAUGUAGCAUCCAGUGUGAGAACCAUAAAAGAACUUCCUAAAAAGUCCCUCAAAUGCCUUUUGUUAAAUGCUAGUAACUAGAACCCUAUAAAUUGUUUUGUUUUUAUUGUUGUUCCUUUUUUUCUCUGUGACUGUGUUUUUUUUUUUUAAUAAUUAAAUGGAAUCCCUGCAUGUACUCUGACACUGUCACAUUUGUAAGAAACAGAAAAGAAAUCAAAGGGUGGAACUAUAUUUAAUCUGUUAAAUGAAAAUAAAACACGCAAUUAGUUUUGUACUGCAAAAAUUAGCUUUUGCCACAUUUUCAACCUCUAUUUAAAUAACUUUGAUUUCUCAAUAACAAAGCAUCUGAUCUGUGGCAGAACAUUUCUAAGACAGAUUUGCAAAUGUAUAUUACACAGGCAUGCAUUUUAUUUAUUUGAGCGGCGAUUAUGUGGUAUUUGUCUGUCUAAACCAUGGAGAUACAACUUACUUUACCAGUAGUGAACCUGAGUUUCACAAAAUCAUGUGCAAAAUAUGGAAAGACUCCUGGAUUUCUGAUACCCUAUUUCUGAGAAGUUAAGCACUUCUGUUUUGUUUUAAAGUGUAUCCGGUGAAUUUCUUUAUAUACAACUACUUGUCACACAAGAGAACAUACUAAGCCUGGCUUUACAUUAAGCACAUGAAACUUCUAUGUGUGGAAUGAAAAACUAAAAUGUAACCAUCUGCACAUGAUAUUUAGAGGUGCAUAAAAUUGUGCCAGGGACCCUCAGAAGCCCAUAUACAUGAACAGCAAUACAGAAUUAAAAAAAUAUAUAUGCAGAGUAAUACAACAUUUGGAAGACAUUGUACUACUUAAUAUAAUUAAAAUGUUAAGCAAAUCCUAUGUUAGUCUAAGGUACAAGUGGAGCAAACAUUUGCCAAAUGAAGGAAACAAUAUGCUUUUAUGGUGACUCAAUUCCAUUAAUUUAAUGAUCUAUGUCAAUGUGCUUAGAUAUGUAAUGCACUUUUCUGUCUUUUAAAAAGCGUCAGCGUCACUCUUAUUCACUUUAUGCUUUCUUUCUUUCUUUCUUUCUUUUUUUUUUUUUUUUUUUUUUUUGAGACAGAGUUUCGCUUGUUACCCAGGCUGGAGUGCGAUGGCGUGAUCUAGGCUCACCGCAACCUCUGCCUCCCGGGUUCAGGCACUUCUCCUGCCUCAGCCUCCUGAGUAGCUGGGAUUACAAGCACGCGCUACCAUGCCCAGCUAAUUUUUUGUAUUUUUAGUAGAGACGGGGUUUCACCAAGUUGACCAGGAUGGUCUCGAUCUCUUGACUUCGUGAUCCACCUGCCUUGGCCUCCCAAAGUGCUGGGAUUACAGGCUUGAGCCAACACGCCUGGACUAUGCUUGCUUUCUUAUUGUCGUGUUUAGGAUUAACUCAGGAAGCAGGGAAAAUAAAAGUCAAAUGAAGUGUCAGGUCACCCAUUUUUUUUUUCUUACCAUGUCAUUUUAAUGUAGUCUUAAACUCAGAUAAUUAUAUUAAGAAUGUUACUUUUUCCCCUUGUCCUAAAAUGAUCUUUUAACUAAAACAGCCAAUUACCCAAUAGAUGGAGGAGGUCUCUUCCACUAUUUGUGCCUAGUGAUUUACAUGGACACCUAUUAAUGCUAAUGGAAGAUAUGUCCGUAAAUCUCUUCACUCCAAAAGGAUAAUGGCCUUCUAUUAGUCUCCUAUAAAAGGAGAAUAAGCAAAGUCUGUCUUUAUAAAUGAUACAGAUAGUGAAUUACUUAAGGGAGAUUUACAGUACAUGUAAUUAAAUAGUUUUAACCAUUUUAGGAGCAUUCUGUGUACAUUGUUGUAAAUUUCAAAUAUAUCAGAUAUGUCUUUGACUCUGCAUAAACUGCCAAAAGUAAUCCAGGGGACUAUUAUUAUUAAUUAAAUACCUGUGUUUUUAGAGGCAAAUAUAUUGUGAUAGUGAAAAUAGAUGUCUUGUUGUUUCUAAGAAAAAUAAGACAUAAAACCUUUUAAAUUUAAUAAACAGUUAAUUUUAAAACAUUAUCAUGUGCCUUAUUCUGAAAAAAGAAGCAAAAGGGUUAUUUUAUUUCAUUUUUAAAGAGAAGUGACAUGCACAUUUAUUAAUGGGGUCUGGGGUGGGAAAAUCACAGAGUAAUUAUCUCACUGACAUGAUAGGGGUACAGUUAGUAACAUACCAAAAAUGUUAUUGUGAAUUUGAUGUAUCAAUUUUCAUUAAAAUUGAAAAAGAAUUUUUAAAAACCUAGAUUUUGAAAUAAGAAUGAAAUGUCUUCAUUUCAGUGAUAACAUGGCCAACACUGGAAGUGGGAUUCUACAUUAUUGAGUUGUAAAAGUGGAGGAGGAAUGUGUGAAGUGUUAUCCUGAAGAGUCACCUAAUAGUCCCCUAAAUUAAUUCCUGGGGCCUAGGAAAGAUAAUGGUGUUAGAGCAGUUUGCCAGACACCUACACAAUGGUAACAUUAACCUUUGUCAAACUGAAGUAAAUGAAAUUUGUUUCUGCAUCAACUCCCCAUGUAUAUACUAAUUUCUCCUUUCCUUGCUGUCCUUUUGCUUCUUUAGACAUUUACAUCUCACCCUUCCUAAAAAAGUUUGUUUAAAAACUGGUAUUUCAAAUUAGUCAUUUAAAUCUUAUUGAAAAUGCAUUAAUGUAUAUACUACCUCUAGGGCUAUUUGCAUUUUAAAUCUCUUCUCUAGAAGUUCUCUUAGACUCCAUAUUAAAGGACUCAGAUAUAUAGGCAAAUUUCUUGAAAUCAUAUUAAUAUGAUACUGUCGGGAUUGGCUUUGGCUUACAGCCUGACCUGAACUUUGCUUGAGAGCAUAGGGAAUAGGAAUGUUAAAGAGAAUUCGCGAACCCUUGAAACAUGCUAAAUGUUUGCUAUUUGGGGAUUUACAAGUCUACAAUUACAUAGAUGUGGUUGUCUAAGCCUGAAUUUCAGUGUCCAUGAUUGCUUCCAUUUCAGUUCACAUAAACCCUUGUUAUCAAUAUUCAGAAUUAGUGCUAGUUAAUUGAUUUGGGUCCUAAAAUUAAAAUACAUGAGAUAAGAUUAAGAGAUUCUAUUUACUGGAACAAAACAGAGGCUUUGGAAUUAAUGCCACACAUGCACAAUCAUCUGACCUUUGACAAACCUGACAAAAACAAGCAAUGGGGAAAGGAUUCCCUAUUUAAUAAAUGGUGUUGGAAAAACUGGCUAGCCAUAUGCAGAAAGCUGAAACUGGAUCCCUUCCUUACACCUUAUACACAAAUUAACUCCAGAUGGAUUAAAGAUUUAAACAUAAGACUUAACACCAUAAAAACCCUAGAAGAAAACCUAGACAAUACCAUUCAGGGCAUAGGCAUAGGCAAGGACUUAAUAACUAAAACACCAAAAGCAAUGGCAACAAAAGCCAAAAUAGACAAACGGGAUCUAAUUAAGAGCUUCUGCACAGCAAAAGAAGCAAUCAUUAGAGUGAACCAGCAACAAACACAAUGGGAAAAAAUUUUUGCAAGCUACCCAUCUGACAAAUGGCUAAUAUCCAGAAUCUACAAAGAACUGAAACAAAUAUACAAGAAAAAAACAAACCCAUUAAAAAGUGGGUGAAAGAUAUGAACAGACACUUUUUACAAGAAGACAUUUAUGCAGCCAACAGACAUAUGAAAAAAACCUCAUCAUCACUGGUCAUUAGAGAAAUGCAAAUCAAAACCACACUGAGAUACCAUAUCAUGUCAGUUAGAAUUGUGAUCAUUAAAAAAUCUGGAGACAACAGAUGCUGGAGAGGAUGUGGAGAAGUAGGAACACUUUUACACUGUUGAUGGGAGUGUAAAUUAGUUCAACUAUUUUAGAAGGCAGUGUGGCAAUUAGUAAAGGAUCUAGAAAUAGAAAUACCAUUUGACCCAGCAAUCCCAUUACUGGGUAUAUACCCAAAGGAUUAUAAAACAUUCUAUUAUAAAGGCACAUGCACACAUAUAUUCAUUACAGUACUGUUUACAAUAGCAAAGACCUGGAACCAACCCAAAUGCCCAUCAAAGAUAGACUGGAUAAGGAAAACGUGGCACAUAUAUGCCAUGGAACAUUAUGCAGCCAUAAAAAAGGAUGAGUUCAUGUCCUUUGCAGGGACAUGUAUGAAGCUGGAAAGCAUCAUUCUCAGCAAACUGACACAAGAACAGAAAACCAAACACUGCAUGUUCUCACUCACAAGUGGGUGUUGAACAAUGAGAUCACAUGGACACA